AUGAAUAAUAACAAUAAGAAACCUUAAUCUGAAGUUAGAGCUCAAGUUGAUUCUGGAUUGAUUCGUAAAAAUGACAUCCCAUAAAAAAGAAUUUAUUCUGCAAUUGAACCUGACUAAAAGAAUAAUAUUCAGGCUUAUAAAUAAGUUGAUUCAAAUGGAACAUUGAUAGAAAAAUUAAAUUAUAUAGUGUAAGAUUACCUUUUGAGAAGUAAUUGUUUAAAAACAUUGGAGUAAUUUAAAGUAGAAUCAUAAUUUGCAAUAGAAAAAUUAAAUUAAACACAAUAUAUUCUCUUAAGUCACUUUGAUAGAGGAGAAAAAGAUAAGUUUCUGGAAUCAUGGAGUCGAUACAUACCAAUACAAUAAAGACAAGAUAAUGAAUAUUGGAAGCUAGAGUUUUAUGUUUAAAUUUAUUUUCUUAUUUACCCUAUUCAUCCAGUGUUUAAGAAGAAAGGUGUGAUUGAUAAUAAUUCUAUUAAUCAAUUUAAACAAUAUAUUGAUACUAACGGAAAUGAUUUAUCAAAGAGUAAUGAAGUAUUGCCAUUUUAUGCAUUGCCAUAUGUCAAAAAUCCUGAAAUGCAUCCAAACUUUUAACAUAUUUUCACUCAUGAAUGGAUUUCUAACUUGAGAUUAAAACUAAAGGAGUUUUUAUAAUCCGUUUAUGGUUAAGAAUAAAAUGGAAGCAUUUUAAAAAGAUUAUUAUUAUCUAAGGAAGGAUCCUCUAAUAUUUAAUAAUAAGAUUUUUAGAAAAAGAUGACAGAAAACAUAAGAUUAUUGUAAUAAGAAAAUAAUGAAUUAAGAAAAAAAAUUAAUUAAUUAACUUAGGAAUUAUAAGAUAUAAAUUAUACAGGAUAAUAAAAUCUAUUUGAGGCUUAGAAAAAAUGGUUUCAAUUCACAAGAGAUAUGUUAAAAAUGGAGAAAGAUAUGAUUAAAUAUAUUGAAAGUAAUAAGAAAAAUCCUGAAUAACUCUAAUUAUUCAAAAAAAAUAUUGGAUAAUGUGAUCUAUUCUUAGGUUAGAGUUUAGAUGAAAAAUUUAAUAAAUUAUAGGGUGUAACCCAUCAAGAUAAGGUCACUUAACCUGAUCAUGAUCUCUUUGAUUUAACUAAUUAAUAAUGUAUUUUUUUAUUUAAAGAAUAGAAAUGAUAACAUUAUAAUAAUCAAUCGAAGAGUAUGUUCCAUUAAAUUAUGAAAAACUUAUUAAAUUAUUCACCAAAAAUAGUAAUCCAGUUUUAGUUGCAACAGUACUAUAGGCUUUGAGAUGGAGAAUAACAAGGGCAAAAAGUGCAUUAGAAAGAAGGUCAGUAAUUAUCGCAUAUUAAACACAUGAUUUAAUUGGAGCACAUUAAAGAAACAUUGGAUUGGCUUAAUAUUUGAUGAUGAAAUCUGCAUAUAUAAUUUAAUGCUAGGUUUUGAAAUUAAUGAAUGCUUUGGCUUCUGAUUAUGUUGGUAGAACUUACUUGACUAGCAAUACAAAUUUAAUUAAGUUUUUAAUUGAAUCAAUAAAAAAGGAUUAAACUGAUUCAAUCAAGAGAAAGAAUUCUAUUGGAACUUUAUAAAAAUUGUCACUAAGAAAAUAAAGUCAAAUUUGGAUGCUUGACAAUGACAUUAUUUAAGUUGCUUUGAACAUUCUAAAAAGAGUAUUAAUUUAUUUUUUAAGAAUAGGAAAAAUUUCAAUUAAGUGAAUAUACUUAUGAAUAUAUCACUGCUUUAAUUAUGAAUUUAUCAUUGAGUCCAAGAGGGAGAGAUUCUUUAUCAAUUAAUAAAGAAUUAGCAUUUGAAGUCUUAUUUGAAUUAAUUGAAUAUCCUAAUGAUUAGAUUAGAACUUUCAUUAAUGGAACAUUUUAUUCAAUGUUUAGUAGAAGAGACUUAAGAAAAUAUGCUUAUUAAUUAAAUAUACCUCAAGAAUUACAUAAAAUAUUAUCAAUUAGUGAUUAUAAAUUUAAGAAAUAAAUUCAAUAUAUGAUAGAAUAGUUAAAAACUAAUGAUGAUGAUUAUUAACAAUAAUAAUUAGAAUAAGAUAAUGAUGUGGAUGAUUUAUAAGAUGGUGAAGAAUGUCCAGUUGAUGAUGAUGAUGAAGAUGAUCUAGAGAAUAAUGAUAUAAUAAUAGGAGAAGAACUAUUAAGGAAUGAAUUUGCUUUAGAUGGUGAAUAAGCAGAACAAUAAAGAUAAUUGAUUGAAUCAAUCAUGCAAAAAUAAUUAUAAUAAAGAAGCAUUUAUUAUGAAUAAUUAACAGACUCUUAUUUGGAGAAAAAGCCUGUUCGAUGUAUAUAUAUAUAUUAUAAAUAGAAGGACCAUUCAUAGUUGACAGUCAACUAUCAUUGGUAAAUAUCAAAAAUUAAAUUGCUAAUGGAAAUCCAUAAUAAUCAGAUAAAGCAUUUGUAGCUAGACCAAAGAUUCCCAGAACUCCUCCAUAUCAAUAAGAUUAUUGA